AUUAGUUAAUAUGACAACAUCACCAAGAAUCAUAACUAUGAUUUGUAUCGUCAUUUGGACAAUUUGCUGCAUUCAGGGUUCUGUGGGUGAGGUUGUGACUCAGUCUGGAGAUCAGACAGUAGAGCCUGGUCAAACUGUAACUAUUGAAUGUAAACAUACACCAGCUGUUAAUUGCUGGGAUUCAGAAGCAAGCAAGAAAUAUUGUAUGUCAUGGUACCAUCAGAUUCCUGGAGAAGUUCCUAAACUCCUGAUCUAUUACACAUCAAAAAGAGCUUCUGAUGUUCCUGAAAGAUUCAGUGGCAGUGAGAGUGGAAAACACAUUGAUUUUACUCUGACCAUCAGUAAAGUUCAGCCUGAGGAUUCAGGAGUUUAUUACUGUACGGGUGAACGUAACAUUGCAGACUGGGAGAAACCACAGUGGAGGUUCACACAGUGUGAAAGCAUCAUACAAAAACCUUCUCUAUCAAUAAACAAUGUUAAGACAGAUACCUCUCAGUAUACUAUGCACUGGUACCACCAGAUUCCUGGAGAAGUUCCUAAACUCCUGAUCUAUUACACAUCAGACAGAGCUUCAGGUGUUUCUGAAAGAUUCAGUGGCAGUGAGGAUGGAAAACACAUUGAUUUUACUCUGACCAUCAGUAAAGUUCAGCCUGAAGAUUCAGGAGUUUAUUACUGUCAGUCAACAUAG